AAAACACGGACACACUCCCUCUCUCUUAAACCGGGGAAUAAACACGGAGCGGCGGCUGGAGAAGGAUCGAGCUCCCCCUCCCCGGUGCGCAACAUCCAUGGUCCUCCCUUGGUGUCUGUCUGACAGGAGGGUUGGUAUAACCUCACUGAAGCAACAGAGACAGGCCUGGAGUUAGAGCCGAAAACGUCAAACGAGGAGUCCUCCCUGACAGCAGGGGGCAGCAGCAGGCAUGCAGGACUCAGCCUCUGACAGCAAGAUGGCCAAACAGGAACAGAACUCCAAACAUCUGGAUGAACACAGAGAAACAAAUGACAUGUCUGAGAAGACCUCCCCGAACAAGAACCUCAAAUCCCCCCAGAAAGGCUCCAAACGGAUUAAAUCCGCCCCCUUCAAAGUGACCCUGCUGGAUUCCUCUGAGCUGGAAGGAGAAAUUGAGAAACACUCCAAAGGACAGAUCCUGAUGGACAUGGUGUGUGAGCACCUCAACCUGCUGGAGAAGGACUACUUCGGCCUGACCUUUGCUGACACAGACAGCCAGAAGAACUGGUUGGAUCCCUCCAAAGAGAUCAAGAAGCAGAUGCGCAACUCGCCGUGGCAAUUUGCCUUCGCUGUCAAGUUCUAUCCUCCCGAUCCCUCCCAGCUCACAGAGGAUAUUACCAGAUACUACCUGUGUCUGCAGCUGAGAGAUGAUAUGCUGUCAGGUCGGCUGCCUUGCUCAUUUGUCACUCACGCCCUCCUGGGCUCCUACACCAUUCAGGCCGAACUGGGAGACUAUGACCAGGAAGAGCAUGGCUCUGAUUACGUCAGCGAUUUCCGCUUUGCUCCCAAUCAGACUCGUGAAUUGGAGGAGAGGGUGAUGGAGCUCCAUCGAAACUACAAGGGGAUGACUCCAGCAGAGGCGGAAAUAAACUUUUUGGAGAAUGCAAAGAAACUGUCCAUGUAUGGGGUUGACCUCCACCAUGCUAAGGAUUCUGAAGGGAUUGAAAUAAUGCUUGGCGUCUGCGCCAACGGUCUGCUGAUUUAUCGUGACAGACUGAGGAUCAACCGCUUUGCUUGGCCAAAGAUACUGAAAAUUUCAUAUAAAAGGAGCAACUUCUACAUCAAAAUAAGACCUGGCGAGUACGAACAGUUUGAAAGUACGAUUGGGUUCAAGCUUCCCAACCACAGGGCUGCCAAGAGGCUGUGGAAGGUCUGCAUUGAGCAUCACACUUUCUUCCGAUUGGUGUCUCCAGAGCCUCCUCCUAAGGGCUUCCUGGUGAUGGGUUCAAAGUUUCGAUACAGUGGAAGGACGCAGGCUCAAACCAGGCAAGCCAGUGCCCUCAUAGACCGCCCAGCUCCUCACUUUGAGCGUUCCAUCAGCAAGAGGUUUCUGCUGUCCAGGAGCCUGGAUGGAGAGUUCUCACGGCCGGUAUCGUCCAUGUGUGAGAACCACGACAGCCUGUCCCACCGCAGCAUCAGUGAACAGCGACAUCUCCACAGCCCCUCUGUGGAUGAGCAGGAGACUGAGCUGGAGCCCAGUCUGGAGGCAGGACGAGGAAGACAAGGACCAGGAAAUGGAGCAGGAGGAAAGACGGAGAUCAUGGAGGAGGCCGGCUCACCAGUUGACAGUAAACAGGAGCUCUCUCAGUUGGACCAGGAGACCACUCCUCGGCACAAACAGGAGUUUCUGGAUAAGUCAAAGGACGUCCUGCUGAAGCACCAAGCCAGCAUCAACGAGCUGAAGAGAGCCCUGAGGGAGCCCAACAGCAAGCUGAUUAACCGUGAAAAACGUCUCUCAGCGACUUCCCCAACUGGAACACCAGAGAAGAAGGCUUUGGUGGGCCGAGCAGUGGGAAAGGACCCUGUCAACAGCCUGUCUGUUGAAGGUUUCGUCCAGAAGACUGUGGUGACUUCACCCGAGGGCUCUGAGGAGUGGGUAUUGAUUGAAAAACAGCAACCUUAUCAACAAGACCAUGACUGGAAGGCAGAAGAAGAGAACACAUUUCUUACAUCGGAUUCCUCGUGGGAGAAAAAGGAGCUGGAAAAAGAGAUAGACAUUACCAAGUUGAUAAAUAAAGAGGUAACAGGCUAUGAGAGGAAAGAAAUGAAAAGCCAUAUUGAGGGAUUUCCCUCAACUUACCCCCCCAGAGAGGCAGAUGUAUGCUCUGAGACUUUGUCUUCUGUGAAUCAGCUAUCUGAGAACUUGAACUUGUUUCAAGACAAAGCUCAACGUAAACUGUCUCAAGACGCAGACCCUGAAGCCAACAGAGACGUGGUCCCAGGCUCACACCAGAUAAAAGAACGGGUGGUUUCUAAAACAAGGAAGAAGAGGAGACCCCGAAGCUUAAACCUGGGAGUUCCUGCAGAACAAAUCAAUAGGAAAGAUGGAGGCGAUUCCUCUGAAGAGGAAUAUGAAGGCUCAGACUCAGACAACAGUUCAGAGAAAACAUCCAAACGAGGAAAUCUUUGUGAUUCAUCCCCAGUGGUAACGAUGACAGAUGAUCAGGGAUUAGAAAAGAAUGAGUUUUUCAGAAACUCUAAAGACAGCAAACAAGAGGAUUUAUCAGUAGGAGAAGUUAGGGAGAUCACCAGUCAAGGAACAGAGCAGGUAAAGAAAAAGGGAAGCCAGGCUGGGAUGGCAGACAUCGAUUUAGUCUCAUUGAACGGACCUGGGAAGAUAGAACAUGAUAGUUCCUCAUCCAGUGUUAGAGGAGAGUGUGUAAUGAAGGUGCGAGGGAAGGGCCUCAUUGACAACAAAGAGCUAGCAGAGGUAAAACUUCGACAAGUCAGGACACAUGAGAGAAAGAUUAGUAGCUCUGGUGGGGAGGAUGUUGAGGGUUUCUUGAACGACAGAGGCCAGAGGACAUCGCUCCACCGACUGUCAGGCAGCAGCUACCAGUCGGAAAUCACCAGGAUCGUUCCUCUCAAGCCAGAGCGGUCAAAGAGCGUCACAUGUAAGGAUGAAAAGGAACAGACGGGGCAGGAAGAGCCCACACGUGUCAUCCGAAGGGAAUACCGCUGGUCAGUCGGCUCUCCAGAGGGAUCCUCAGACCUCAACUGGACCGAUGCUCCCACCUUCCAUCCAGCAUGCCCAGCAGAUGUAGAGGGUCUCGCAAAAACUGAACCCCCAGAUAAUAGCUUUCAGUCUGGUAGAAGCUCUACAGAGAAUCAACAUUUUGGAUCAAAGAUUUUGGCGCUUCCAAAAAUGGCUCCUCCAGCUCCGCCGGUGAAAACACAAAAGGCCAGGGAGUCUGGACUAAUACUGCGCAACAGCCGAAAUGCCGGCAGGGAGCCGAGCCUGGACGCAGCCAAGAAGAGACACUCGCUCAUGUUUUCAGGCCAUGGUGAAGCAGUGCUGUUAGGGUUUGUGUGUGUGUGUGUGUGUGUGUGUGUGUGUGUGUGUGUGUGUGUGUGUGUGUGUGUGUGGUGGCUUGUCAGAUGCCGUGAGCUUGUGCUAACCUCUGCGUGCUCUUUCUGCUCUUUCCUCUGCCUUCCCCUGCAGGAGCCCGUCUCCACUCCUGCCAUAUAUGAAGAGCCAUUUGCUGACUUCAAGCAGCAUCAGAAGGAGCUUGGGGAGAGGAGGCCUCAGCCGAGCGUCGCCUCAGAGGAGGAGCAGGAGCGGGACACAGUGGCCUGCAUGAAGGAAACCCAGCUGGGUAUCGAGCGCAAGUGCUCCAGCAUGACGGUCAGCUCCACAUCCAGCCUGGAGGCUGAGGUGGACUUCACUGUCAUCACAGACCUCCACUCUGGGGUGGAGGAUGUCUCUAAGUGCAUGUCAGAGCUGGGAGAGAGGGAGAGGCAGCCGGAGGUUGGACGGGAGGACUUUGAAGAGACCUCCAGGUUCUACUCUGCUCGUCUGAUGGGAUCCAGGGACAAGUUCCCCAUGGAGGAGAGGCUUCCUGAGGAGGGAAUACAUCAUGAGCCUCCUGUUGCAAAGAAAGACCCCAGUGCUGUAAACGUGGCCCACAAGCUGAAGAGGGGCGACACCAGGACAGAGACACACACUAACGGAUCUGAAGUCCACGCCAACGUCAUGGACGUCUCACCACAGAACUACGGAGUCGUCAGCCCCCAGGAGGCUCCAAUCACCCCGAAAGAAAAUGGCUCCCCUGUAAAAGCCAGCGCCCAGGGGAGGGAGACCGCUGUGUCCCCCAUGACCAUCACAGCUGAGAGCGUCACCUCAGCAACCACCACACAAGUUACCAAGACUGUGAAAGGAGGCUACUCUGAGACCAGGAUUGAAAAAAGAAUUAUAAUCACAGGGGAUGACGAUGUGGACCAACAUCAGGCGCUCGCCAUGGCAAUCCAGGAGGCCAAGCAGCAGCAUCCCGACAUGCUGGUGACAAAAGCCGUGGUUAUCAGGGAAACAGAGUCUCCCACUGAGGAGCUGCGGCAGAAAGCAGAGUCCUGAUUGAUUCAUGGUGGCUUCUGAGAUGGGGGAAGGAGAGGAUCCUCCAGCUGUGCAUCUCCUGCCCUGCCAAGCAGUACGCCACCAAUCCGAUAAGAGGACCCUCUAACCCACUGUGUACAUGUCGACACCAGAACAGACUGCGUUCCACUAAGCAGUAGACCUCCACUCCCGUCCCCUUAGACAAGCCAACUGUGACUCGGUCUCUGACCCAGACUGGCCUCCUGUCCUGUCCCAUAUCAUUCUAGACCCUAAACUUCUGUGGAAUCAGGAAAUGUCUUCACAUGGGGGAUUCACCACUGAAUCCAAAGUUUUUACUCCUUUGAACCAGUGAGCCCAAUUCACAGAAAUGAUUUUUCUUCCUCUUCAAAGGUCUCAAACACUUUCCCUGUGCUACUGACACACACACACACACACACACACACAUUUAACACAUAUACAUACAUACAUAUAUAUGUAUGCAUAUGUAUGUAUGUAUGUAUGUAUGUAUUUAAACAGGAGGAAAAAAGGAUUGGGUUCCAGCUCAGAGACAUUGCUGGUGGUGUGUGCGGUGGGGAGGUGUCAAAAUGUAAGAGGCAGCCUUUUUGCUCAUUGUUGUUGCCUCCUAGCCGUGACUCCUUCAGUUUAAUCAACUGCUGUCUUAUUAGCUUUUUACAUUUUUAUCUAUAGAGGAUCUAAUUUAUGUUCAGUGUUUGCCUGUUUAUGAAAUAUGUAUAAUAUCAGAUUAUUAUAAUCUGCAUGAGCAAGUUAUUAAUAGCAGAGGGAAUGAAAAAAACAAACAAUAAAAAAACAUGUCCAUAUUUAAAACCCUGGAGAGCGAUGAUGGGUGUUUGCACCCAGAUGAAAAGGACAAAAAAAAGAAGGAAAUUAGUACUAGCACUUGUCCAGUGCUAAUGAUGACAGACUGUAGUGGACUGCUGGAACUGGUCCCAGUCUCCAAUAAACAAACAUCACUGUCCCGUCCCACGUCACUGUUACAGUUUUGUUUAGGUGAAAGCUCGCCACCAACAGAAAGAGAUGCUGGUCACGCUCGCGAAGCACAGUCAGGAUUUUAGAGGAAUUUUAAUAUAAAUAAUAUGUGUACUAAGUUUUUACAAAUGUAAUGAUAUGUUUUUACUUUUUACUUACUUGAUUUUACUAAAACAGAAUGGAGUUGUUAUUCUUGUGUUUUUGGACAUUUCAGUCUACGUGUGUGAACAUAGCGCGCUACACUGGAGAGCUUUUAGCUAAUCAAAGAGCUCACUAAGAAUUGUUUUCCAUCUUGUAAAAUUGCCUUUAGUUCUAACCUUGGGAACUGUAAUAUUUGAGUACUGCCAUCAUUCCUUAAUCCCGAUAUACUGUGUUGUGCUUUGUUGCCAUCCGGAUGGAUUUGGCACAAGCUGUAAACACAAAUUUGACAUUUCAUCACCAGAUAAUUCACUGAGCGUUGUUUGGAUGAAGAGACGCUCUGUCAUUUAAAAAGUUCAUAGAUGUCAAGGCUAAAAUUGGGCUGUAUUUACCUAAAAUGUGAUUGUUAAUCAACAUCUUUUUGAAAUUUUUGAAAAAAUAUUUACAUUUUGCCCCAAUUUCACCAGAAUUUAAAUUUAAUUGCAUCAACUGUUGAGCUACACAGCCUUAAAGUAACUACAGGAACACCACAAUGUCACUGAGACCAGUGUCUAGGAAGAAUCUGGUUGGUUUAACAGCCUGUAUAUUUCAUAUACAUAUUAUAAGAUCAUUUCAUCCACCAAUGAAAUUUGAGUUUGGAAAUAUAUCGUCAUAUUAACUAAUACUGGCUAUGUCAACAUAGCACUGAAAAAAUUUUAUUGUUUUUGACACAUUUACUUUAAUAAUCACAUUUUCAAUGAAUGAAAAUUGAGUGAAAAGUUAUUUUAAAAAAUCAGAUGUCCAGACCAUGAAUCUAGUGGAUUUUUUUUAAGUAAAACUCAACAAGUAUUCCUACUUGGUGUUCCCUGGAAUUUUUAGUGUUAUUUACAUACUUUAACAGUGCAGCCUCUUACAUAUUUACAGUUGUUUGGCUGAUUGAUGGCAUUAAGUGAUAGAAUUAAACUGCUUGGGCUAAAGUCUUUAAAGUUUUUAUUUAUGACUAAAUUAGGAUUAUGUUUAGAUGCAGCAUUGACAGCAUGCAUAUGCUAAAUAUGUCCACAUUUCUUUAGAAACCAAGCCAAUAUGGAGCAAAAUUAGCAUAAAUUUCUAAAACAUAUUCCUGUCUAGAUAAGGCGCAAUGCUCAGUUUGUUUUACCCACAAUCUCCAACCAUUUCUAAUUAGUCUAAUUAGUCUUAUCAGUGUUGCAGUCUUGCAGUUUGGAACAUUGGUGGAUUUCCGUAUGGCUAGCCCAGCUAACUGCUAACAGCUAAAAGAGAGACAGGAAGUUCAAACGUGACACACACCUUUUUCUGCAGAGAAAAUGUAGCGACAAAGUAAACAAGUGGUGAACCUACAACAUUACUCAAACUGCUUGGGAAUUUUUUGAUGCAGAAAAUUUGCACUUUUUUGUCCUUGUUCUGAGCAGCAGUUAGCUUGACUAGCUGGUCAGGAAUCAUUCCUGAUUCUCCAAAAUGAAAACACUCUGAAUGCUAGAACCUCACAGAACCAGCUUCCCGAAAAAGCAAAAGAACAGGAACCUAAAGAGUGGAAAGAUAAUAAGUUAAACACCACUUCUCACAUUCCAGGAUUUAUUUGUACUAUGAAAAUAGUGAUGUUUAAAGGUGUUGACAGACAAUGCCUGAAAAGUUCAAAAUCGCAAGAUUAACAUGAGGAUUAUAUUGUUUCCUGUUGGAUUGUGUUAUCAUGUAUGAUUAUGUACUUACAGGAAAAGGUGAACGUGAACUUUCCCUCUCUGACAAAGCAUACCGAGUGAUGCACAUAAGGUGCAGUCCAUCCACAGACCUUGUUGGCUGUCAGAUAUAUUCAUAUGUUCUGAGUGACCUUUAAUACUAUACUAUGCAUCACUAAUCAGUUAUAAGAUCCCUUCUGACGGACCCUGACCCAUGCUAGCCGUGUUGCUGUCAUUGAUAAAUUUGUGCUACUGUUAACUGAGGCAGUGAAGUGCACUGCUUGUGAGAUUUGCAAUAAGCAGCCAUUAUUUGUAUCCUCUGUCAUCUAAAGGGAGAAAACUGUGAACUGUCACGUGCACCGAAGCAUAACCAAAACCUGUAAUGGAGACUCGUAGAAAGAAAUUCAAAGAAGCUUGUCCAAGACAUGUGAAAAAGGCUUUGUCGCCAUCAUUGUCUAAUUGUCUCCCUGACUUGAAACUGUCAACCUGCUGUGGAUAUGUGUCUGUGGAAACAAGAGAUUCUCAAACUGCUGAUUUGUACAUUAUAUUUUGCUCUAUUUUAUUUUUUCUGGUCAUAUGACACUGGACUGUUGUAAAGGCACUUGUCUGAAAUGAUAGCAGCAAAUGUUCUGUAAACUACUGGGAAUGAACAACUGGUCCCCGCUGUUGAACUGGACACAUUAACUACUGAAGGUAUCGGAAGAGAAGCUGCUGGGGAAGGAGUGAGUUAAAGGAUGAAUGAGUAAAGUAAUCACACUUCUGUGUGUUAUAUUGUGUAGGAGCAAAGUAAAUUUUAGAAGAAAUAGUGCAGUAGAGAUGAAAAUAUGAAUGGGUGCCUUAAGUUUUGAGUUCAGGUCAUGGGAGCAGGAGCAUCAUUUAUCAGUGCUCAGCUGAAAGUGUCCAGGAUGUCACUUAAGAAGCAGCAGAAGAAGAUGUUUCUGAAUCUGAGCUGCUUGUCCCCAGUGAGAGGAAAAUAUUGGUUUGUCCCAUGCUGAAACCAGCGCAGUAUGGAUUAUGGAUAUGAGUUUUCUUUUUCUCUGUGAAGGCCAUCAAACUGUUCUGCUGUUUAGCCUCCACCUUCAAUUCUUCACUGCCCUUUCCUCUACAUUCCCCUAGUGCUUGGUGGUGUGUAUGUGCUGUAUUUGCAUUCAGUUUAAAUGGAAAACAUACCUGCAUAAAUAAAUGUCUCAGUAUGAUUCAAA